AUGGCUCACAGGAAGACUGAGUGGCAGAGACACAGAAACAUGCACAGAAGAACUAAGGAGACCUAUAGAAACGAGAACGUCCAGGCUCCUCGUGGAGCCACGCUAGAUGCAGACUUCUUGCUCCAGCUGCAUUUUGUUGACGAGCCCUCCCAGCUCUGCUCCGUUGACAUCAAUGAGCGGAAACUGAAUUCUGUGAAUCCAGAAGGCCUGAAGCUGUUUACAAACGUCGCUCAGGUCGACGCAUCCAUCAACGCCCUCACUUUAGGAUCCUUCGGCUGUUUUGUGUCUUUGAGAGAACUCAACUUGUCUUUAAAUGGAAUCCACGACGUGUCAUUUCACGCUGCUGAUUUCCCUCACCUGGAGGUUUUAGAUUUGUCCUACAACCACCUAUCAGCUCAGGGUUUAGUCUCCCUCGGUCAGCUUCCAUGUCUUAGAACCCUUCAUCUGACUGGAAAUCAGCUCCAUCGUCUUCCUCUUACCUUUGCUUCCUCAGAGCCCGACCAUGCUGAGCUGCCGGCUGAAGAGGGAGUCAGACAGUUUGAAGCUCUUGAAGUCCUGCUGCUCGACAACAACAGGCUGUCCUCCAAUGUCUUCUUCAGCCUGACGAACCUGAAGAGGCUUCAGAACCUAAACCUGCAGGGGAAUCGCAUUUCUGCAGUCCCACUUAUAAAAGUGGGGGACAGUUCAAACGUUGGGCAGUCUUCUGCUGAAGAUGGAGGCCACACGAACAGUGAUGAAUAUCUGAAGACAAUGGAGACCUUGCAGAUGGACAGCUGGGACAAGGACAGGAAAGGACGCCCUCUGCCUCUACCUGAACUCCAGCAUCUCAAUUUAGCUGAGAACAAGAUUUCCACAGAAGAAGCUCUGGUUGGUGCCGCUCAGUUCCCGAAGCUCAGAGAAAUCCAGAUUCACUCCAACCCAUUGAUCACACAGAAAAGAGGUAGCUUGCCCCUCCUGACUUUUUAUCUCCAGGAGAGACGAGGAAUAGAGAUAAAGCGACACAACGAACAAAAAGCCAAGAAGCUUCCUCUACAAGUGUUCGUUGACCCGAAAUGGAAGGUGGAAGAAAACCUCAGAAAUGUGUCAAAAAGACGAUUUUUAACGAAUCCAGUUUGUCUGACACAAACGCAGAAUGAAAAAUGUGAAGAGACUAUCCAGGAAGUGACCCAAUCGGAGGACAAAAACACCAGCGUCCAUAAAAAUAUGAAACACUUCUUUAUCACUCAGGCAGAGGAUGAGCCUGAGUUUGAGCUGCUUUCUUCAUCACAAAAGAGGCUGAGAAACAGUAGCGGUCCUGAAGAAUCCACAAGCUACAAAACAAUUCAGGGUAUUAAAGCAAACCCUGAUGUGCUCAAGUCCAUCGGAAUCCACACAGCUGUUCGAAUGUUAGAGCACAGACUGAGGAAUCUUAAUGUCUACAGAGACUCCAAACCAAAGCUUGAUAGCAUCCAGACUCCUUACAGAGAGAGGGAAAAAAAGAUAAAGGAGCUGCCGCCUGUGAGACCAAAGAUGCGGGCGUCUCAAAGGGUCGACGAGAUGAUGAAGGAAAUGAAAGCGAGCUCAGCCAUAAAAGUAGUCACCUUAGGUGUGUAG